AUGACUGUGACAAACGAGGAGCUUAACAAGGACAAUGCCAAUGUUUCGGAGACUCCCGGCAAAGCUGUUAAUCAGAGAGUCAGCCGCAGCUCCUUUGAAGCUUUACCGCGGAUUGAUGACAGGCAGACAUUUAGGUUUGUCCAACGUAAAGUGACGAUCAUGUCGUCGCAAAGUCCCUUCACGGUUUCAAAAAAGAAACUGAAGCCUUGGAAGAGGAAGGUGAGUUCGCGGACUUUUAUAGCUCUAGCAUUGAAGUCACUGACUAGACGUCGAGAUCUAAGCACAGUUCUGCUGCUUAUAUGUCCCUCGUCGAAGUGCGAUUGCCAUAGGAUCCACAUAUACAGCUCUAGAAGCCGUAAACAUUUGGGCUCGGCGAAGCUGACCAUCGAAGAGGCGGAUUUGCUCGAAAGCCAUCGCAGUCUGGACAACUAUUCGGUGGCCUACUGCUCACUGCCCCUCACCCUGCAGGACGCAGCUAGCAAUAGCCUGAUCAAGAAGCAGAUCUUCGAUUUAGCCCAGGAUCCGUCGCAGAUUCCGCGGCAUUUACUGCACCAGGGCAAACCGCUAUGCAUUUCCACAAGUUUCUUCCUAAACGAUAAGGGUGACAACCAAUAUAAAAUGGGGGACUUCAAGGAUCAAUUAAACUCUAUUAACAGCCAAACGUUGGAAAAAAGGUUCCUGUUUUUGAGGUCUCAGGAUAAAAAGGAGCAGAAGAAGGCUAUGCAGUCGAGACUCAUCAUAAAGGAGAGAAAAUCCCAACUCCGCCUACUCGCCCGGAAAAUUCGUCAGCGCUCAUACAGGGAGUCAGUGGCAGAACCUGUCAAAAGUCUAUCUGCAAGAAUAAAAAGCAUUCACACCAGUCCGCCUUUGACACCGGGAUUAGCGUAUAAUACCCCAACAGCUACUUCCGGAACUGACGAUGCUCAGGAGGUCAGUCAACAAACAUUACGGGAGUAUCCACGUCGUUUUACAUCUACAUCUCUCUGCAAGCCCAUAACUAAUGAGUUUCCUAAGGACAUAAAAGAAGAUGGGCGUUCGUCACAGAAGAGGAUUCGAAAAACCAUGCCCGAGUCUCCGCGUCGAAUUCCAUCCAUCCGAAACUAUUCUAUGCGCCAAACCAAACACAAAAAGAAACGAAAAGAGCAUCAUCGCAAGCCACAGGAGCAGAACCAACGAGAGCUAGUCUUCUCUACGACUCGCAAUGACGUUCUGCACAAGCGAGUAGCUGAAGAAGAUGACGCAAAUAAACAAGACGAGGACUGGGGCAACAUACAGGGGGAGAGUCAUCAAGCAUGGCCCCAGCUUAAAAAUUAUGAAGCCCAGAGGAAUCCAGACGAAAACAGCAGCUUAAAAGAGGAGCAGAUUCCGCAACUUUUUCCCGAGUCUCCGAGUCGACUUCCACCUACAAGCAACAGUGCUUCGGCUGAAGACAAAACAGAUGAGCUCCAAAAGAAACGAAAAGAGCAUCAUUGCAAGCCACAGGAGCAGAACCAACGGGAGCUAGUCUUCUAUCCAACUCGCAAUUCCGUUCUGCACAAGCGAGUAGCUGAAGAAGAUGAUCUAAACAAACAAGACGAGGACUGGGGCAACGUACAGGAGGAGAGUCAUCAAUCUUGGCCCCAGCUUAAAAAUGAUGAAGCCCAGAGGAAUCCAGACGAAAACAGCAGCUUAAAAGAGGAGCAGAUUCCGCAACUUUUUCCCGAGUCUCCGCGUCGACUUCCACCUACACGCAACAGUGUUUCGGCUGAAGACAAAACAGAUGAGCUCCAAAAGAAACGAAAAGAGCACCAUCGCAAGCCACAGGAGCAGGAGCAGAACCAACGAGAGCUAGUCUUCUCUCCGAUUCGCAAUUCCCUUCUGCACAAGCGAGUAGCUGAAGAAGAUGACGCAAACAAACAAGACGAGGACUGGGGCAACGUACAGGGGGAGAGUCAUGAAGCAUGGCCCCAGCUUAAAAAUGAUGAAGCCCAGAGGAAUCCAGAAGAAAACAGCAGCUUAAAAGAGGAGCAGAUUCCGCAACUUUUGUCCGAAUCUCCGCGUCGACUUCCACCUACACGCAACAGUGCUUCGGCUGAAGACAAAACAGAUGAGCUCCAAAAGAAACGAAAAGAGCACCAUCGCAAGCCACAGGAGCAGAACCAACGAGAGCUAGUCUUCUCCACGACUCGCAAUGACGUUCUGCACAAGCGAGUAGCUGAAGAAGAUGACCCAAACAAACAAGACGAGGACUGGGGCAACGUACAGCAGGAGAGUCAUCAAGCUUGGCCCCAGCUUAAAAAUAAUGAAGCCCAGAUUAAUCCAGAAGAAAACAGCAGCUUAAAAGAGGAGCAGAUUCUGCAACUUUUGCCCGAGUCUCCGCGUCGACUUCCACCUACACGCAACAGUGUUUCGGCUGAAGACAAAACAGAUGAGCUCCAAAAGAAACGAAAAGAGCACCAUCGCAAGCCACAGGAGCAGAACCAACGAGAACAAGUCUUCUCUACGACCCGCAAUGACGUCCUGCACAAGCGAGUAGCUGAAGAUGACCCAAACAAACAAGACGAGGACUGGGGCAACGUACAGGAGGAGAGUCAUCAAGCUUGGCCCCGGGUUAAAAAUGAUGAAACCAAGAGGAAUCCAGAAGAAAACAGCAGCUUAAAAAAGAAGCGGAUUCCACAACCGUUGCCCAAGUCUCCGCGUAGACUUCCACAUAUACGCAACACUGCUUUGGCUCAAGGCAAAACAGAUGAACUCAGAAAGAAACGAGAAGAAGAUAGGCGCAAGCAACAGGAACGGAACCAACGUGUUCUAGCCUUCUCUCCCACUCGCAAUUUUGAUCUACGCAAGCGAGUAGCUGAAGAAGCUGCCCCAAACAAACAAGAGAAGAGUCUGCCGACUAUGCUCGAAUUUCCGCGUCGUCUACCAUUUAUGCGUAGCACUGCUCUGCGCAAACUCAAAGCUAAAGAGGUUUCGAGGAAGAGCGCAGAGGACGACCGACCAAAACCGGAGGUGACUCAACAAACUUGGCCCGAGUCUCCGCGUCGUCUAUCAUCUGUACGUAACUCUGCCAUGCGCCAAACCGUAACAGAUGAACUUGAUGAGGAACGAGGAGAGGAAAGAUGCACACAAAAGUCUGUUCUGAGCCAACGUCAAUCCAAUGAAGUUCAGAGGAAUCCAGAAGAAGACAGCGAACUAACAGAGGAGCUUAUUCCAAAACCUUUGUCCAAGUCUCCGCGUCGACUUCCCUCUGCACGCAGCUUACCUAUGCGGCACACGAAAAUCAAAAAGAAACAAAAGGAGGACAAAAGCAAGCCAAUUCGCAAUUCGCAAUGCCCUCCGAUUCGCAAUUCUCUUCUGCACAAGCGAGUAGCUAAAGAUGAUCAAAAAAAACAAGUCGAGGAAUCGCGAUCAAAGCAAGAGAAGAGUAUACAAAUAUUGUUCGAAUCUCCGCGUCGUCUACCAUUUAUGCGGAGCACUGCUCUGCGCAAACUCAAAGCUUAUGCGGUUUCGAGGAAGAGCGCAGAGGACGACCGACCAAAACCGGAGGUGACUCAACAAACUUGGCCCGAGUCUCCGCGUCGUCUAUCAUCUGUACGUAACUCUGCCAUGCGCCAAACCGUAACAGAUGAACUUGAUGAGGAACGAGGAGAGGAAAGAUGCACACAAAAGUCUGUUCUGAGCCAACGUCAAUCCAAUGAAGUUCAGAGGAAUCCAGAAGAGGACAGCGAACUAACAGAGGAGCUUAUUCCAAAACCUUUGUCCAAGUCUCCGCGUCGACUUCCCUCUGCACGCAGCUUACCUAUGCGGCACACGAAAAUCAAAAAGAAACAAAAGGAGGACAAAAGCAAGCCAAAGGAACAGAACCAACGAGCGCUAGUCUGCCCUCCGAUUCCCAAUUCCCUUCUGCACAAGCGAGUAGCUGAAGAUGAUCCAAAAAAACAAGUCGAGGAAUUGCGAUCAAAGCAAGAGAAGAGUAUACAAGCUUUGUUCGAAUCUCCGCGUCGUCUACCAUUUAUGCGGAGCACUGCUCUGCGCAAACUCAAAGCUUAUGCGGUUUCGAGGAAGAGCGCAGAGGACGACCGACCAAAACACGAAGUGACUCAACAAACUUGGCCCGAGUCUCCGCGUCGUCUUUCAUCUAUACGUAACCCUGCUAUGCGCCAAAGCAAAACUGAUGAACUCGAAAAGAAACGAGACGAGGGCAGUUCCAAACAACAGUCUCCUCUGAGUCAAUGCAAAACUGAUGAAGCUCGCGAUGUCGACAGCCGCUCAACACAGGAGCGAAUUCCAAAUGCUUUUCCAGAGUCUCCGCGUCGUCUACCAUUUAUGCGUACCUCUGUUCUGCACAAGCCAAAAGCCAUUGAGGUUACCAAGAACAGAGCAGAAGACGGCCUACCUAGGCAGGAGGAGCGUGAACAAACUAUGCGAAUCUCCGAGUCUCCGCGACGUCUAUCAGCUAUCAAACGACAGUCUGCUGUGCGCCAGCUCCAAGCUGAUGAAUCCCAGGGAGGUCCAGAAGAAGUCAGCUGCCUUAAAAAGGAGCGGAUUCCACAACCUUUGCCCGAGUCUCCGCGUCGCCUUCCAUCUGUACGCCAAACCAAACCAAAGCGCAAGGAACUGAUCCAAAGAGCGUGUACCCUUCAUUCCGCUCGUAAAUCUGAUCUGCGCAAGCAAUUAUCUGAAAAAGCUUUUCGAGAUAGGCGAAACGAGGACUGGCCCAAAGAACAGGUGCGGACUAACAUAACGUUGCACGCGUUACCCAACCAGCAAGACAAACAAAUUCCGGAUAAUGCCCGGAACACCCCAAAAGAUACCAGGAGCACACUACAGAUGCGGAUUCAUCCAACUUUGAAGAAGAAUCGAAGUCUAAUGUCGAAGGCGUGGAAAGCGAAGACCCGCGCAGAGCCAUAUAAGACUGAAGUUGUGUCAUUGAUAUCGCCGGUAAAUCUGGUUGACUCGGUGGGUCAUGUACCGACGCUGUUCCCCAGCAUCGAAUGCCCCAAUUCAAUCUUGCAAACAUCAUCAACAUCGUUUUGUCGCCUGUAUAAGCCAGUAAAAAUUCCUGCCGAGUUCUCUCCUGCAGCCUGCCUUCACCUUAAGGGAAAGUUACGCAAUCUGAACAUAAAUCGAGCCUUUUCAAAAUUUGUCAAUCUAGUGAAUGCUAUCAACAGCACUGCCAAUCCCUUGGUCGAUCACCUGCUAUUCUUCUUCCAGUUCGCCGAAUUCAUUGAUUUGAAGAUGUACGCCAGAAAGAUUCUCUACCGUUCGAGGUCCUCAUCCACCGAGGAAGCGGAACCUCUACGUUUCCAAAUUGAGUGCUACGUUUUUGAGGACCGUCGAGACUAUGUUACCUCCAUCUCCAUGGCAUCCGAGCCACUGCUGCGGAUUAGAGAAGCCAUUCCGGGAGUGGACCGUCGCUUGAAAUUAAUCGAUGAUGUCUUUGAGCUGACCAACGUUCCCCCAAUCAUUGCCAAAUGUCUAAAGAUAGCCCUAAACGCCGUUGAUGCUGCACCUCUCUACCAUAUAAUUGGUGAAGUGCUCUAUGCGAUGAAGUACCCCGAGGAGACGCUAAUUCAACUCAAUUGUACCCCUUGA